AUGCCAGAUUUAUCAUCUUCAGCUUCGGCGUCCAAGCUUGAAGAAAGUUAUGAUAGAGUGACUCCAGCUAUAGCUUUGAAUGCUAAUGGAGGAGGUAGGGGACUCUUUAGGGAUUUUGUUGACAGUUUUAAAAAAAAGCAGGAUGACGAUGUUGUGGGUUAUGAUGAAGAAACCGGGACCUCGUCCAAGAUGAAAAAGACUAUAAAGUCGCGGCAUUUGUUAAUGAUCUCGCUUGGGACUGGUAUUGGGACUGGUUUGCUUGUGGGGAAUGGUACUGCUCUUGCUAAGGCAGGGCCUGGUGGUUUAAUCAUUGGGUAUGGGGUCGCGUCUGCGAUGUUGUAUUGUAUCAUUCAGGCUGCUGGAGAGCUAGGUAUAUGUUAUUCUGGUAUGACCGGUAACUAUACUGCUUAUUCAUCUCUUCUUGUGGAUCCUGCCUUGGGGUUUUCAGUUUCAUGGGUUUAUUGUAUCCAAUGGAUGACUGUCUUCCCAUUGCAAUUAGUGACGGCAGCGAUUACGAUAAAAUACUGGACAGAUACCAAUCCUGAUAUUUUUGUUGCUAUAUUAUAUUUCCUCAUUGUUUUUAUCAAUCUGUUUGGUGCUAAAGGUUAUGCUGAGGCUGAAUUUUUGUUCAAUACCUGCAAGGUUUUAAUGAUGGUCGGAUUUGUAAUUCUUGGUAUUAUUAUCAACUGUGGAGGUGCUGGAAAUGAUGGCUACAUAGGUGCUAGAUACUGGCAUACCCCAGGUGCCUUUUCUACUGGUUUCAAAGGUGUUUGUUACGUGUUUUGUUACGCUGCUUUUGCGUAUGGAGGUAUUGAAGUGAUGGUUUUAACAGCUUCUGAACAAGAAAACCCAAGAAAAUCUAUUCCAAGUGCAUGUAAGAAGGUCAUCUAUCGUAUUUUGCUCAUAUACAUGUUGACAACUUUAAUUGUUUGUUUCUUAGUGCCUUAUGAUGCUCCCGAAUUAACUUCAACAGGUUCAGCUUCUCGUGCAUCACCAUUUGUUAUUGCAAUUGCUUCUCAUGGGAUCUCAGUUGUACCGCAUAUUAUUAAUGCUGUCAUCCUAGUUGCAGUUGUUUCUGUCGGUAAUUCGUCGUUAUAUUCCGCUCCAAGAUUGUUGUUAUCUCUAUCUGAACAAGGUUAUGCUCCAAAGGUGUUUAACUAUGUUGAUAGACAAGGCAGGCCGUUGCUUUGUUUUCUAGUAGCUAUGUUUGUUGGUCUAUUAGCUUUCAUUGCUGCUUCAGAUGCAGAAGAAGAUGUGUUCUCAUGGUUAUUAGCUAUAUCAGGUCUCUCUCAACUAUUCAUUUGGAUAUCAAUUUGUUUGUCGCAUGUGAGAUUCCGUGAUGCAAUGAAGGCACAGGGUAGGUCUCUUGGCGAAGUUGGCUAUAAAUCACAAACUGGAUACUGGGGGUCGUGGUUCGCCAUCAUUGUUUCUUUGUUUGUUUUGGUUGCUCAAUUCUGGGUCGCCAUCGCACCAAUUGGAAAUGGCGGUAAAUUGAGCGCUAAAGACUUCUUCCAAAGUUACCUGGCAGCACCUGUUCUGAUCUUUAUCUAUUUCGGCUACAAAAUUUACUACAAGGAUUGGAGAUUAUGCAUCCCUGCUACAGAGGUUGAUUUAAACUCCCAUAGAAAGAUUUUCGACGAAGAUGAGUUAAAACAAGAAGAUUUAGAUUGGAAGGAGAAAAUGAGAACCGCAUCUAUCUGGGUAAAAAUUUACCACUUUUGGUGUUAA